AUGGCGGACUCUCUAGGAAUUCAGCUCCAGAAUCCCACACCACUAACGGGAUACAGGGGAAGAGACCGCUCCAGAGACAGGGCUGCAUCCCCGCAUCCGGCCAAACAGAAAAGACCCCCCCACGCCAUAGAAGACAACACCGCUGCUAGACGUCAAGGGGAACAAUCCCCGCCGCACCGCUCAGGCCGCUAG